AUGAAUGUGUGCCGAGUGUGUUUAAGUGACAAAGACUUGAAAGAGUUGUUCGCCGUGAGCCCCCAUAAUGGUGCAGUAAAUUUCCUGGCCCUGGUGCAGAUACAUAAAAACGACGGUCUUCCCCAACUCAUCUGUCCUCAAUGUCUCGAUGAACUCGCCACUUGCGUUCGUUUUUUCGAUAAAUGCUUAUCAACUCAUGCAAAGCUCAAAAACCACAAGUGCCUCAAGUGUGGCCAAAUAUAUCCUUCGCAUAAAUCGCUAACAAUCCACAUAAGCCGCCAACACACUCCUACAGUUAUCGUGCAAAAAAAUCACAAGUCGGGCCAACAGUGUCACAUUUGUGGGAAAAUUUUCACGUACAGGGUUGAACUGAGCCGGCACUUGUGCUCCCACGUGGGCUUACGGCAAUACAAGUGCGAUAAGUGUGGCAAAAGCUACAUAACUAAGGCCUCCCUUAAUAAGCACAUCGUAAAACAUGAGGGGCUGAGGAGAUUUGAGUGUCUCCUUUGUAGUAAAAGUUUCCUCCAUCAGGACAACUUACAAACGCAUUUAAAAACACACAGUGAGAAAAAAUACGAAUGCAGGGUGUGCACAAAAAAAUUCAAGUCAAAUCGUUCACUUCUCAUGCACUUGAAAAUCCAUGCUAACGAGAGGGAUUUUCCGUGCUCCGAGUGCGAGAAAGCGUUCGUCAACAAAUACGACUUGUUACGACAUUUGAAACUGCACGAGAAAAAAAGACUGAUCGCAAGUAACACGUACGAUAAGACUAAAGACGAUUUACUCAAAACGAAAAAUAUGAGACAGUGCGACCAAUGCGGGAAAAUCUGUUCGAGUCAUGGCGAUUUGAUUAAACACAUGAGGGUGCACUCGGAGGAACGACCCUUUUGUUGUAAAAAUUGCAACAAAGGGUUUAAGUCAGCCAAGUAA